AUCGGGCGGCUGGCGGCGCGCGCGCGUGGCACAGGUGCAGCCAGGUCGAGCGAGCGAGCGGGCGGCGGCGAUCAGUGGCCGUCAGUCGGGCGCCGGUGCACGGACGAUACACGGAGACGGACAGACAGUCGGCAGAGAUGGCGCGGGCCGGGCGGGUCUGGGCGGCCGCGCUGGCCGCGCUGGCGGUGGCGGCCGCGGCCGUGCACGCGCUGCCGGCGGGCCGCGGCGAGGAGCUGUCGGAGGGCGCCGAACACACCGAGGGCACCGAGCUGGAGCGGCUGGUCAGCAGGAUCCGGCGCCGGGUCAUCGACGAGCUCGGCCUGUCGCACUCCGUGGUCAGGAACACGACAGCGGAGGAGAUGGAGGCCGUCAUGGAGGAGUACCGGCGUCUGGUGGCCGAGCGGAGCGGCCCGGAGCCGGACACCAGUCCACUGGAGAUCGCCGCCACCUCGGUGGAGCGAGGUUGGCUGUCUGGCGGCGGAGUCGGCUCGAGCUCGCGGCGGCCGCAGGAGGUGUUGCGGGCGUCCUUCUCGCUGGAGGCGGCCGAGCAGCCCGUCGGCGGAGCGGCGCUGCGUCUGUGGGUGCGCAGCGGCCGCCGCCGCCGGCGGCCCGCCUCUCUGGCCCUGUACACGGUCGGCGGCGGCCGGCGGCACCGGCUGGCCGUCCGGCCGCUGCCCCGCGCCGCCGGAUGGCUGAGCCGGCGCCGCGCGCGACGAGUCCGCAGAGACACCGCCGACUUCCUGGGCCAGAGCGAGGCAGUGCGCAGCGGCAGCCCGGUCGACUGCGCCAACAGCCACGACAAAAAGUGCUGCCGACAAAAGAUGGAGGUCAACUUCAAGGAGCUGGGCGGCUUCGAGCAGAUCAUCGCGCCGGCGUCGUUCCAGGCGUACCACUGCCGCGGCGGCUGCCCGGCCUCCUAUAACGUGGCCAACGACCACGCCCUCCUGCAGGGCUGGAUCCACGAGAAGCACAAACAGGGCGUCAAAAACAUGCCGCACGCGCACGCGCCCUGCUGCGCGCCCAGCAAACUGAGCGCCCUGCCCAUCGCGCACUACGACGCGCAGGGCAAGGUGCGCAUCACCUACUGGGAGAACGUGGUGGUCGAGGAGUGCCGCUGCUCGUAACGGCCCGGCGCGCCGGACAGACGAGUCGCGCCGCCGCAGCCGGCCGCCUCACCACAUUGGUGCUAGUCAGUCGUUCCAGGCAGUCAUUUUUUCCAUUCCAUCUCAUUGGUUUCAGCAGUUCCUGAGAGCAGUUCAGGCGGCGCCGAGCCGGGCCGGCCGGCCGCGCUGCAGGCCACUUUAAACCAAAGAGUCGCCGCUGCGGCCGGGCGCCGACCACUGCCGGGGACGCUCCCGGAGGAUGCCGUCGUUAAUUUAUUUGUGACCGAGUCAGCCGGUAGGUGGUUAUAGUUGUCUCGCCUGCGGUGGGCGGCCGCCCGCGACACGCGCCGGCCCGACAGUGUUUGUGUACCGCCGCCUGACGAGGAGCGCACUGCUCGGCUAGCUGCUGUCUAGCCGGAGUUAGCGCGUCUCCGACCUGGUCUCAUAGAUCUUAGUGUGCGCCGCUCGUCCUUCGUGUCCGCCUCCCGCGUCGGCCGGCGGCGUGCCCGCGGACGAGGCCCUCGGGAGGCCCCUCCGGCCCGCGCGGCCCAUCGGGAGGCCCCUCAGGCUCUGUGAUCUCGCCGCCCCUGGCUGACUGUGAUAUAUUUCUAAGCGCUACGUGCGUACUAUGUGUAAGUGCAAUUACCUUUGUGAGCUUAUUUAUUGCGUGUGUGAGGCCGUACGCGUGUGCUCGUGUCCAGCAGAACUGCGAGCGUCGCCCGUAGUCUCGAGAUGUAGUAUUUAUUGGCUGGCGCGGCCACUCCAGCGAUGUGACCACGUGUCGCCAGCGAUGUCGAUCGUAACCAAUGGUCGUUUUGUGGUUGCCGGUUUUACAGAAAAUACAGUGCGCUG